CUCGGUGGAUUCUAUUUCCUGCGACUUUUAACCACUCAUUCAGCAGACUUCAAUACGAAAAAGAAGUCUACUUACACUUUUAAGGUUCGUGCAUUGUUCCAGUCAAACCAUGUGAGCAAUCACAGUCAACCAAUUCAAUUGAUGAACGAAACUGUGCUAAAAAUCCGAGUUAUUGACAAAAAUGACAACUGCCCGUUUUUCACACGCGAUAUAUUCAACUGGACAGUCCAGGAAAAUUUGACUACAUUUUCGCCUGUGGGUCAGGUAAAGGCAACCGAUGCGGACUCUGGUUUAAGUGGUCAAAUUUACUAUUAUAUGCGGCCCGAAGAAAAUAUUGUUCCAUUCCGUGUUGAUCCUCGGUCCGGUGUAGUAUUUCCAACCAAAAGUCUGCAGAUUUCCCGAGGAACUCGCGAGCAGCUUACUUCUCGUCCGCGUACGUAUCUUUCUCGUUUUGAAGGUCUGGAAGACUACUCUUUCUACAUUUUGGCGAAACAUCGCGGAAAGUCCACCCACGUUUCAUGUUCUUUAGUAAGCCAGACCAAAGUCAACGUGCAUAUUGUGCGAUUACACUUCGACCAGUUAAAUUUAUCUGUAACUGAGAUUACGAAAGUGCCAUUUCCAGGCUCCGCUGGUUCAGCCUAUGCCACCGUGAGGACCUUCUACCCGGGCUAUCGGAACGGCCCUGACAAAAUUCAUGUAAAUAUAGUAGAACCCGAAAUGGCAGCUCUGUUCGAACUUGUGCCUGAGAACGAAACUUCGGUGUGGCUUUUGCGGUUAAAACAUCAAUUACCAAGCCUUGCCCUUUCAUCACGUUUGACCGUAACUCUUCGAGCACAUGAUAUACGGAGCAGUCCGGCAGACUUUGUCCUUCACGCUUUGAGUGUUCCUUUGUUACCACAUCCUUCAUUCCGAAUACGUUUGCCGACCGAAAUCCUGGUUUCUGUCUCAGAAGCUGCUAUAUUAAAUUCAACUAUCGUCAUUGUCAACCCAUCCUUGGACUUUUAUACAUUCAACGCUAGCUACACGUUUUCAAGACUGGAUUCGAACCAACCUUCUUCACUUCAGCAUAGUUUCAAAUUGACAGAUUCGGGUUCCCUAAUUGUUACCAAAAACUUAGAUUGCGAACUCUUUGUGGAAUCGCAAUGGAACAUCAUUGAGAUUCCGUUCAGCGUUGCGGACCGGAAUAAUGUUCUUUUGAGCAGCAUGGCAGACUCGAAAUUUAUAAUCACAAUCGAGGAUCUCAAUGAGCAUGAUCCUUACGUUUCGAACGAUGGUGCCGAAAUCUCGGUACCAGAGAACCAUCCGGUUGGAAGCGAAGUAUUGCGAGUAAUCGCCUUUGAUCCAGACUUCUCAAACACCCGUCUUUUGUAUAUUUUGUACGAGGAAAAUAAGCUGCCAUUUAUUUUCUCGACUGAAAAUCCCGAACAGCUGGUUUUGAAAACAUCCUUGGAUGCCGAAAUAAUGCCAGGCGAAUUCCAUAUAAAGGUGAAAGUUUCGGACUCAGGUUUGCCGCAUCCUCGUAGUACUGUUGCUAGGUAUAUUGUUCGUGUUUUGGAUACAAAUGAAUUCGACCCGGUUUUUGUGGAAAAGACAUGCACUGCAUGGUUGGCAGUCAGCUCAGAUGGAUACAUCCAGAGUCUGUCCCGAAAUGAUGCCAGUUUUGAACUCGGACGUUUCUUCGCUGAGGACCUUGAUCGUGAUGGAAGUGGAUCUGUUAGCAUUCGUAUAGCUUCUACUACUAUGGCUAAACCCUGCUUCCACGUGGACUCAAGAACGGGCUUGCUCACGCUUACCUGUUCAAAUAUUGGUCCGCCCGGGAGCACUGUCGUUGUUACUUUGGAAGCAACGGAUGGGGAACGGGUCUCCUCUUCGCCAUUCGAACUAAAAAUUGAAUUAAUCCAUAUUGAACACUCACAUCUUUCCAGCGGUCGAGUCUAUCACAAAUCCUGUCAACCGUCUGAGAUUUAUGAAACGAUGCAAGCUCGUAAGAUGCAACGCGCUGCACUUGAAUACCUCUUCACCGACUCUCACCAAGGCACAUUUUCACCAAAACCUGAACUUCAGGAACCGCCCCUCUUAGACCUUCCAACAGACUUGCAUAUUCCAGAAAAUCUUCCUUUAGGCACAAGUAUCAUUAAGUUCGGGGCAUCUUUUCCUUCAACUUAUCAGACCACGGACACGACCAGACUUAUCUAUGGGAUUGAAGGGAAGCAUGCUAUCCCGUCUAAUAAUAACGGUAGUUUCCCACCAAAUUCCGAUUUCCAAGCUUUUCUUCUGCGAUCUGCCUAUCUUCAUCAGCAGAACCCCACCGGUCCUUGUUCCAUUGACCAGACGAUGGAACUUGUAGUCGCAGCUCCUUUGGACCGCGAAGCUUUCUCGAGCUUCCACGUGCUAAUUCAUGUCUGUGUUCUACAAUCCACCAAACUCUGCACUGCUAAGAAUGUGACCAUUCACAUCGAGAAUAUAAUCGACAACCCACCCUAUUUCAUACAACCCAACGAGUCUCUGCGGAAUCUUGACUCUGAAAGCCACGUCUUCACAAUUUCCGAGGAUGCAGCGGUUGGCACACGGCUUGGACAGGUUACAGCUACUGCCGACGAUAUGAAAACUGAACUACUAUAUUCUCUUGGAAGUCACAAGGAUAAGUUUAGGGUAUGUUUUCUUUUCCUCGACUUAAAUUAUUUGUUUCCCUCUUUAAUAGCCACGCCAAUAAUCGACCUCUCAUUUCAGAUUGACCGGCGAACUGGAAGGAUAACUCUGAAGCAGAAGUUGGACCGCGAGUCCCUCGAUUCAUAUCUACUGAUCGUCGAGGCAAAAAAUAACGCCCAGGAAGGAAUAUUAGCCGGAGGACUCCUGAUGGACCUUGCCCUAUCGUCAACUCCAGAGUGGGCCAAAGUUCGCACAGCAACAACUCAAGUGCUCAUCAAAGUUCUUGACGAAAACGACAAUCCGCCAGUGUUCGUUUUCCCGGGGGAGACUGGCGAAACGAAGGAGGGCUACGUCAUAAGGAUUCCUGCUGAUCUACCAGAUGGGGCCUACAUCAUCACCUUGCUUGCUAGGGAUGCGGAUACUGACAACAACGCCGUUAUCCAGUACAGUCUCUUCGACUCAGAAUCUGGUGGAUCGGUCUGCUUCGCGUGUGACGCAGGCACAGGCGUGACGGCGAUCUUCGUCAUGGCCACGUUUUCCGCCUCACUGCCUGGGCCCAUGACCUUGGCACACCAGAACAAUUAG